GUUUAAUGUGCUUUACAGAUAUAUUAAACCAGAAAAGUGAGAAUUCUGCAGGCUGCUAACAAGCCACAACAUGAAUAACAUUGUAACUGUUGUUGGAAGUUUUUUGUUUUUCUUAUUUUUUGAUAAAAAAUUAAGCCCUUCUUUUUCAUCUAUUUCUUUUCCAAAAUACCGGAAAUUGACUCUGGAUCAGAAAAAUAUCUGGAAUGCCAGAAAUUCUUCUUCUCUUCACGCCACUGUGGUUACAUUAACAUGUAUGUAUGUUAUUUUGUUUGAUGAGAAAGUUAAAAAGAACCAUGUAUGGGGGUUUUCAAAAGUAUCGGAAACAAAUAUAGCUGUUGCAGUAGGAUAUUUAUUAUCAGAUCUUUAUUUAUUGGCAACAACGCUAACGAGAGACAGCGACACAUUUGGUUUUGUCGUACACCAUCUUAGUGCAAUUUACGCUUAUCAGUUCGCUUUGAGAUACGGAAUAUUAAUUUAUUUCGCAAAUUUGAGGCUCCUAGCCGAAAUGUCAACACCAUUUGUUAACAUAAGGUGGGCGUUAUCAAUAUUUGACAACAAAGAUAGUAAAUGGUAUUUUUACAAUGGGCUCACGAUGACGUUUUGUUUCUUUAUAUCGCGAAUAUUACUCAUGCCAUAUUUUUAUUAUCUGGUUUACGAAGUGGUUUUCUUGGAAGAAUAUAAAAGUGUAAGUUUCCUCAUCCACGUGUCUUGGAUCAGUGUGUGUAUUGUUCUUGAUACAAUGAACAUAUUCUGGUUUGGAAAAAUGCUAAAAGGAAUUACCAAGCACAUAAGGAAAAUACAGAAGGUUCAGAAAACUUCCAACGGCGUCGCCCCAAUGUUAAUACAUGGUGUGGAGACAAUCCCAUGCAAUGGUAGCACUGUGAUCAAAGAGGACUGAAAAGUUUAAAGAUUUUAACUUGCCAUUCUGCUUUCUGUUGUAUAUCUAAUUCAGCUACUUAAUUUGUGUCAAACAAAAUAUGACAAAUUUGGUGGAUGCUGCUUUCAACAGAGGUAUUGAUUGAUAAAACUGCGCUAUAGUUUGCUAGAAUGCAGUAUUCACACUGGACAGUUUUACAUUAAGCUUGUAGAAACUUUAGUGGCAAUUGUUUUAAAGUAUAUUGUAGUGUCCAAUGUUUCCACUGGUGUAUUGGAAUUAGUUAAAUCCACUGACGUUAUGAAUUACGGUACAUUGGUUAUGAAAAUCAAGGCUGUUGUGAAUAUACUGUAAAGUAAUAUCAUAUAAAUUCUGUAUCUACAUACUCUUAGUUCAUGUACUGCCUCUGGUGCAAAUGCGAAUUCUUCAUAGUGAGUAUUUUUACUUCUCUCGCAUUUGGGACUGUGAGAUACACUUUUAACAUGAAGCAAGACCUUUGAGUGUAUUAAAACAGCAUAUGGAGUAUUUUAAUCUUAUCUCAAAUGCACAUGCUUGUAGAAGAAAAUUUAACAUUUACUUCUUCAAACUUUGUGCUUAGCAAUACUGGCUAAUGUUCGCAUAUUCUGCCAUGUUGUCAAAUUGUUAUCAUUUGGGUUGUGAAGUAUUGCCAACAGUUACUAUCAAUGUGCAAUGGCUAUUUUUUAUUCAAAAUAAAGUAAAUAGCAGAGUUGCAAAUAAAAUAUUGUAGCUUUUUAAUUUCAACUUUCUGUGACUGUUUUGCUGGUUUUUCAUGAUUUUUUUGUAAUUACACUACGUUUUACUUGUUAUCUGUUGAUUGUUCUCCCCCAUUGUCAAAGGGAUAUCUAAAAUUGCCAUGAAUUUGUUUUUUUGGUGCAAAUGUAGCGAUUUAAGUGAGUCUUUAAAAAUGUUGUUUUGUUUGGCUUGUUACCUGGAAACUUGUGGUGGUUUGUUGUUUUUAAGUUUGUUUCUGUUAUAAUCAGUGUUACAUCGACAAUGCUGUACAGAUCUGCUCUGUAAAACGUGCAUUCCGGCCAAUAAAUAUUCAUGACUUUAAAUAA